GUGGUACAUUUCUUUGCCGUUCUUCUGGAGAACGUGAUGCACGACGACCAAUCAAGUUCUAAAAUGUCUUUCCCGAAUUUUGGCACUGUCUGUCGUAUUUGAGAACUCUGACAAUGAUAGACAAACAGGACCGAAUCUAAAUUCCUGUGAGAUUCGUAGGUUGCCGGAAUAAUAAUCGACUUUGUCCUUGGCUUUGCCGUCGUCGUUGCUAAAACGAGCUCCCUAAUAUCAUGGUGGUGGUGUGGUAUUGGUCCUGGUGGUUUUAAUGACGAAGAUGAUGGUGUGGUGAUGAUUCUACUCCCUUUUAGGACAUUCUCUGUUGCUUAUAUAACAGUCAGCAAAAGGGGUCUUGACAGUAAAACCACCUGCUUGCCUAGUUCAAUUUUUGUCAAGUCACAUCUGACAUGGAGCUGACAUGAAAACAACAUAAUUAAAAAGCACGCCAGUAGGUCAUCGACUCCGAGGCCACAUAAUUUCCCAUACGGUCCUCUCAGUCACGAACAUGUAGUAAGCUCAUAUAUAUACAAAAUGCGCUUAGACUGUCCUUUAUUGCAGAGUGGGAAUCUUCAGAAUGAUGGCAACAGCAAACCUUUCUGGAGAUGGCAUGCAGGAAACAGUGGAGCAACUGUUCUGCCCGACACAUUUAACUGCAGCAGCUGAAAUUCACGGCCAGUUGACAUUUAUUUCAGUUUUAAACAUUUUUCUCUCCAUCACAUCAUUCCUUGGAAAUGUUCUGAUCCUAGUCGCUCUUCACAAGGAAUCUUCUCUUCAUCCGCCUUCCAAACUCUUGCUUCGCUGCCUGGCAACAACUGAUCUUUGUGUUGGUCUUAUUUCAGAACCUAUUGCGGUUGCCUACUGGAUGUCUCUACGGGAUGGUCAUUGGAAUAUUUGUCCCUACGCAUCAGCGGCGAGUAUUGUAUCAGGUACAAUUUUGUCCGGAGUGUCUCUGUUGACAAUGACUGCGAUAAACGUGGACAGACUUCUCGCCCUUUUGUUGCGACUGAGAUACAGACAAGUUGUAACUUUGAAGCGAACCUACGUGAUCAUUGUUUGCAUGUGGGUUUUGCCCACUGCCAUAACAACAACGUACUUUUGGGAUUUCCUUAUAACCUUGUGGUUAAUCGUGAUAGGGGAAUUACUGUGCCUAGUAACCUCAAUCAUCGCUUACACAAAGAUUUUCCUAACCCUUCGUCGUCAUCAAGCUCAGUUACAAGACCAGUCUCAACAACCGAACCAAACAAGUCCACUGAACAUAGCGAGAUACAAAAAGGCAGUGUCCAGUGCACUUUGGUUGCAACUGACACUGGUAGCUUGCUAUCUUCCCCAAGGUUUAGUGGCGGCUUUGGCCCCUAAUAGUGGACUAUCUUCAUCUGUUUUUCUUGCUAUCCAAUAUGCAGCUACAUUAGUUUUCUUAAACUCGUCGUUGAACCCGAUUCUUUACUGCUGGAAGAUGCAAGAAGUGAGACAAGCAGUAAAGGAGACAAUCAGACAAGUGCUUUGCUGAUCAUCGUGUUAACUCUUGUCGAGUUAUAUCACCCUUAGCUUACCGAGAGAAGAUAAAAAAAAUAGUUAACGUUUACGAAGAUAUCAUUAAAGCUGCCUUAGCCCUGUCUAGCUUGAAACAGAAAACCUUCAUACGUGUAACAUAGAUAUUAAUGUUCUAAACAUCGGUAACUUGAAAUGAAAACAUAUCUUCAUGAAUUCCAACUACAUCGUUUUGUGAAGAGAAUUAAUUAACAUAACAAGUAAGCGGGUUAAUUCUAGUCUGGUUGCGCUAAUGUUUUGUUUCUCUUCCAGUGUAGAACUGCUUUUCAGUGUUCAAAAAAAUAAAUUUAAUUGAUGGCCUCGAGCAGUGUGGGGAAAAGUUCUAUUGGGUUGAUGAAGAACGCAGGAAGUGCGACCUAAUUUUAGCAAUAAACGUUUGAGUUCAGAUUAAAAAGAAGAUCGAGGGAAAUUCUGCUCGCAGGGUAACUAUUGCCAGGUUUUUGAAUGACAAAAACAAUGAUCAAAGCAAGUAGUUGGCAGUCGUUGGCAGUAGUUGGCAGUAGUUGAGGCAGAUGUUUCGCUAAUAAAUUAUAUUUUCUCAAGAUGCGUCACUUUUGGAACAUAAGUAUAGUCGGUAAAUUAAACUGACUGCAGGGAUGGACAAAAUAAAGACCUGUUCUAUGCAAUAAUUUUCAAAAACUCCUAAAAUAAGAACAAAAAUUAAACGCAGUGUCUGGUGCAGUUCGGUUUGAUCGCUUGUUUAUCUACCUUAGGGUAUAUAACUAGUAUUAUUAUACAUUGAACUCUCUAUCUCUUUUCCGAUUGGCCGAAAGCGUGCAGCGAUUUUUCGAAAUCAGCGCCUGUGACGUCAUCUACUGGCUGCAGACUAUAUAACAUUCAUGUCAAGGACACUCAAGGUUACGGGUGAUCAUGUCAUGUAUGACCGCGGUGCAUGAUUUCUAAGGGUAAUCAUGUCAAGUUCGCGCGCUUUGUGUUGCCACCCCGUCAGUGAGGGCCUUCGGUUUCUGCUCAUAACUGCUAGCUCGACCUUGAUUAUUCUGGAUAUCACGAAAACCUUAUCUAAUAAUUGUUCAAUAAUUCUCACUAAAGCUGCCGCCGUUUUCUUUUACUUUUUUGUGCUGAUUGAGGACAACUGAACUUCCUUGUAUGAAGUAAAACUUUUAUUUUCUAUUUUUCCCCCAAGGGACCAGUCAUUAAGUGAUUUGUUAUAUAGCAAAACAAAACAAAAGUAAAUUUUGAAAAACGCGCUGAGAUUUCAGCGACAACAUCAGGCCACCCUCAACUGCACGCUCUGAUUCCGUGCAAC